UAUAACCACAAUGAUUACCAAUCAAAUGCUAUUAAAAAGAAAAUUUCAUUACCAAAUCAAAUCCUUAAAUUUGAAAUAGAGGAUAAGUUUUGGGCCCUUAACCACCCAAACCCGACCCCAACCAACGAAAUCCGACCCGGAAGCCGAGCUGUUAUACGUUUCAUAUGUACUCUCAUGAUGAGAGAGAGGUCUCUCUCUCUAAACUCAAACAUCGUCUUUCUCUCACUACAAGUCAAUGGAGACGACGACUCCAUCUUCUUCCUCUUCUCAGUUUACUCUCCAUGCUUGAAAAAAGUUCCUACAUCAGAAAAAAUGGCGAAAUCAGAGAAAGACGAGUUAGCACAGACCUUAAUCGAAUCAGUAAACGAGAUCGCUUCGAUUUCAGAUUACCGUACACCGAUGAAGAAACAGUGCGUCAAUCUCUCCAGGCGAUUGAAGCUUCUUCUUCCUAUGCUCGAAGAGAUCAGAGACUGUAACGAGUCUGUCCCUGAUGAACUGGUUAAGGCUUUGUUAUCUCUCAAGGAAUCGCUUUCUCACGCUAAGGAUCUGCUUACUUUUGUAAGCCAAGUUAGCAAAAUUUACCUGGUGUUGGAGAGAGACCAAAUCAUGAUUAGAUUCCAGAAAGUGACAGCUCUAUUAGAACAAGCAUUGAGUGAGAUUCCUUAUGAAAAUCUUGAAAUCUCAGAUGAACUUAAAGAACAGGUAGAGCUUGUUCUAAUCCAAUUAAGAAGAGCAAUAGGAAAAGGCGGAGAUACGUUUGAUGAUGAGUUAUACAAGGAUCUUGUAUCUCUUUACGGUACUGUGACAGACUCUGAGAUACUCAAGAGAGUCGCUGAGAAGCUUCAGCUCAUGACUAUAACAGACCUUACGCAAGAAUCAUUAGCUAUACUUGAUCUGGUUAGUUCCAGUGGCGGAGAUCCUGGUGAAAGCUUUGAGAAGAUGAUGAUGCUUCUCAAGAAGAUCAAGGACUUUAUGCAAAGCUAUAACCCUAACUUAGAUCAUGCUCCUCCCUUGAGACAACAAAACUCUCAACUUUCCAAGUCACAAGACGGAAACCGAAACAUCCCGAUCCCGCCUGAAGAUUUCCGUUGUCCGAUUUCAUUAGAGCUGAUGAAUGAUCCGGUGAUUGUUUCUUCAGGACAGACAUAUGACCGUGAAUGCAUCAAGAAAUGGCUUGAAGGAGGAAACUCGACGUGUCCAAAGACGCAAGAAACGCUUACAAGCGAUACCGUCACGCCGAACUAUGCUCUAAGAAGUCUUAUAGACCAAUGGUGUGAAUCAAACGGCAUCGAACCUCCGAAACGUGUCAGCAACUCUCAACCGAGUAGUAAUGCCUCAUCAUCAUCACCAUCUUCUUCCUCACCUCCUUCUGAAGAACAUAACAUGAUCCAAGAACUUCUACGGAAGCUCGCUUCACGAAUCCCCGAAGAGCAAAGAUCCGCCGCAGGAGAAAUCCGCCUUCUAGCGAAACAGAACAACCAAAACAGAGUAGCCAUCACUGCUUCAGGCGCGAUCCCUCUUCUUGUGAGUCUCCUCACAACGUCCGAUGAUGACUCACAGACUCAAGAACACGCCGUGACAUCGAUUCUUAACCUCUCGAUACUCCAAGAGAACAAAGAGACGAUCGCUUCCACGUUUCGAGCGGUUCCUGGUAUCGUUCAUGUGCUCAAGAAAGGUAGCAUGGAAGCUAGAGAAAACGCGGCGGCCGCGCUUUUCAGCCUCUCGGUUAUACACGAGAACAAAGUGCUGAUCGGCGGCGCGGGAGCGAUCCCGCCUCUCGUGACCUUGCUUAGCGAAGGAUCACGGAGAGGCAAGAAAGACGCGGCGGCUGCGCUGUUCAACCUCUGUAUAUUCGAAGGGAACAAAGCUAAAGCCGUGAGAGACGGUUUAGUUUCGGUUUUAAUGCGGUUGUUAACCGAACCGGAAAGCAGAAUGGUUGAUGAAGCACUUGCUAUAGUGGCUAUACUAUCGAGUCACCCUGAAGGGAAAAUGGUGGUUGGUGCGGCUGAUGCGGUUCCGGUUAUGGUUGGUUUUAUUAGAAGCGGCUCAACGCGAAACAAAGAAAACGCGGCUUCGGUUUUGGUGCAUUUGUGUUCGUGGGAUGAGAAGCAUUUGGUUGAAGCUGAGAAGUUAGGGAUUAUGAGUCUUUUGAUAGAAAUGGCUGAGAAUGGUAGUGAGAGAGGGAAACGCAAAGCGGCGCAGUUGCUUAACCGCUUUAGCCGUUUUAAUGACAAACAGAAACAGUCUGGUUUGGGUGUUGAAGAUCAAGUCUCUCUGAUCUGAGUUUGAGUUUAGGGGUUUUGCUUUUACAGUUUUUAUAAUUUUAGUUAAAUUUACACCAAAAGGACAAGAUUUUGAAACAUGUACAAUGGAAUUAAAUAAAAUCAAAGGCUGUAACUGGUUCUGUUUAAAAAG